UGGAAGGUUCGCCGGCGUAAUUGCUUUCGUUCGGUUGCCGUUUUAUACUCGGCUUCUUUCAACGGGUUCCUCGUCCCGCUGCUUCGUGAUACAGGCAGUAACACGUUCGAAGCAAUCUUGUCUUGGACUAUCUUCCGCCGUUUUUCCCGAUAAAACGACCCUGUUAGACAUGGAUUUCGUGAUUUUGAAGGUGAACGGUCAGGACGUGUCGAACUCGAGCCACGAGGACGCGGUGCGUUGUUUCCAGUCGGCCCAAGAACCGAUCAUCGUGGAGGUGCUGCGGCGACAGCCGGCGCACGGCCACAGGUCCGAACAACCACCGAACAAACGAGGGGAACACACCGACGAUCCAUCCUCCAAUCUUGUCUCCACCGCGGUGCAAACCGACUGGGCCGGCCUUCUCGAGCCCGAGGAAGAAGAAGUGGACGUACAGCCGAACGAUAGUUUCGAGGAUUUCCUCGCGCACGAUAUCGACUUCGAGGAAGUGACGUUACGGAAGGCGGGCAGCGCGGAGAAGCUGGGACUGACGGUGUGUUACAGUUCCGGAUCCGGCAGCGAGGACGCCGACACGGAAGUUUACAUCUCCGAAAUAGUUCCUGAAAGUCUGGCGGCGCGGGACGGUCGAUUGCGGGAAGGCGACCAAAUCUUGAGGGUGAACGGAAAAGACGUGGCGAAUAAGGAACAGACCGAAAAUCUAUUCGCCGAAACGAAGAACGCUGUCACCAUUCUCGUCAGCCGGUGUCUCUACCAGGACGACGAAUACGAGGAGAGGCGCUCGGUGUGUCGUCGGGACUCGCCGUCGCUUUCACCGGACCAUCUGCCCUCCUACCAGAACAGCUUGAUCGAGCAGCUGAUUCGUCAGCAGCAGCAACAAACGGAGGAACGCACCAAAGACACGGAGGAGAACUGUUCGACGUUGAGGCCCCCCCCGCCACCGCCACCACCCGUCCCCUCUCACACACCCCAAGCGGCGACGGUGCACGCCUUCUCCGCGAGCAAUACCUCCUCUUCGACUUGUUCCUCUCAGACCUCGCAAAAGUCUUCCGGGAGAAAUGCCGCGUCGCCGGCACGCCACUCCGACCACGAUCCCCAACGUAAACAAUGGAUCCAAGAUUGCUCGAAGAAGAUGGAGGGUCUGUGCGUGCGUGGCCAGCAGCCGAGUUGCGGACCAACGGUCAAGCUAACCGACGCCUAUUCGAAUCACGUGUGGAGCGAGACCGAGCACAUCUACGAGACGAUACCAGAGUCGGACAGCGAGCCGAUCUAUUCCUCGCCGUACGAACACCGUCACCGCCACCAUCACCACCACCACCACCACUGGAAUUCCACCCACUCGAAUCACGCGUCGAGCAAUGCGUCGAGCAACGCGGCCAUGCUCGCCACCGGCAACGUUACCAUCGUUCCAUCGCCGGCCACGGCUCCCGUACCACCGACCACAUCCGCCGCCAUACCGACCACGCUGAUUCAGGGAAGCCAGCAAACCGGCGGCAUCAGGUGGUAUUGUUCCUCGAAGAGCAACAGCUCCGGCGAAGAGAAGGACAGCUCGAGUGCGUACAACACCGGCGAGUCGUGCAACAGCAAUCCGCUCACGUUGGAGCUGCACAGAGGUGAGAGGGAUCAUCACAAGAGCACGCUGGUCCUUUGCCCUCCGAAAACUUCGACGUUGCAACAACAACAACAACAACCACCGCAACAACACCUACAGCAGCAGCAACAGCAAAGGCUCGGUUGUACUUGUCACACGUUUACAAAUAAACAGGCGAGAAAUCAAACGAACAGAAGAGCCUCGAGCUCCCAUCGUUACAGGGAACGUGCGCCGGAUCCGACGAACGCGAGCACCACCGGCUUACCUGCCGACACUAUGUACACCAACAUGGCGAACCUUCAGCAAACGAUGCUUCUGCAGCAGCAGCUGUUCAAGCAGGCGCUCGAUCGACGAAAUUCGACGAUCGCCGCCCCUAGAAAAACGGGCGGCGACGGUGGCGGGACCGCGAAAAAGUCCAGGUCUCACGGUAAUUUUCAGGCGCCAAAUCUGACGCGAUAUCAGUUCGUCGGGAGCCAACAGGUGUGCGGUACCAAUUCGUGGAUACCGCCGGAAGACAAGGGGAACGAGGUGCAGAUGGAAUGGAAGGUGAAGAGGAGAGCGGACGGAACUAGGUAUAUCGCUCGGAGGCCGGUGAGAAAUCGCAUUCUGAGGAACAGAGCGAUCAAGAUAUCGGAGGAGAGGGCCGGGCACAGCACGGAAGACGACACCAUGUCGGAAGUAAAGGUUGGCAGAUACUGGACCAAGGAAGAGCGCAAACGGCAACUGGAACGUGCCCGCGAGCGCAAGCAGAGGCAACAAGAGCUUCAACUGCAGCAACAACAGCAUCAACAGCUUCAGCUGCAACAAACCAACGAGCUGUUGGCCGGUGAACAUGGGGACGAAAAACUGGCGAAAAAGCCUCUGAACAUCGUCGAGCUCAGUCACAAAAAAAUGGCUCGUAAAAAAAACACUUUGGACGAUUUCACCACCGUUCAAGAGAUGUUGGUUCAUGGGAACAGAAUCGGCGGCACGACUGGUCCCGGAACGGGAGGGAAAUUGAUGGGUCUCCUCUCGGUCACGACCGUUUGAAUCGCGGAAACCGAUAUCCUUUGUGCUUCCUCUUCGCGACCCCCCGCAACACCACCUCGUCGCUCUUAUCUAGAUCCCUUACUUUACUCCUUCCUCGACCUUCCACUCUUACAACCACUCUCUCAGAGUACGAAAGCGCUAACCCUUACCCCCAACGAAGCGAAGCGACUCCUGUGUCAUCGUCAAAGUAGCGUAAACGGUUGUAAAUAUUUUUCUCGUAACGACACACACACACACACACACACACACACGCGCGCGCGCGCGCGCGUAUGUAGAUUAUUUUACACAAGCCGAAACUUUUCUGUGGACGAAACAAAAAAAAAAUAGAACAAGAGUACACUUCUGUAGAUAUGUAUAAAAUAAACGUAACGAUGGUGUACUACGUAACAAACGCAGACCGUCGGUUCCUUGUAUGUAGCGCGACGUCUCGAGCGUUCCAAAAGUACGAUCGAC